ACUGUUACAUACUUACUUACUUGAUUUAGCGAUAAUUAUUACAUUAAAAUAGAGAGUGGUGGGGAAAGAAAAGCGGUAAUUUUGACAUUAGUACCAAGUGUUGAUAAUUAGCGCACAUUUAUCCAUCUAAAAUUGCUCGCAAGAAAAUGUCAACAGUUGAAGCCAUAAUGACUCUGCGUAAGCGCAUGGACUCCUUCCAAGAGGACCAGAUGUCGGUGAUGUCUAAGAAGCUGAGCCAACUGAUGGAGACUGCGACCGAAGACGAAAAGGGUUUUUAUGAGCGCAACUUCAAAGGCUUCCAGCAGCUCUAUCAGCGCUUCCUUGAUGAACGAAAGGCAGAGUCCAUUGUAUGGGAUGAGAUCACGCCCCUGCCGGAGGAUUUCACGCUGAAGAUGUCUGAAAAUGUGGAAGUGCCAGAGAGUGAGAAGCGGGAUCUGCUGAGCAAACUGGUGGUGUUGAAGUUGAAUGGAGGAUUGGGCACUAGUAUGGGCUGUGUGGGGCCUAAGAGUGCAAUCACUGUGAGGGGAGGCAGGACUUUCUUGGACAUGACAGUGGAACAGAUCUCGACCAUGAACAGGGAGCAUGACGUCAGCAUCCCUCUGGUGCUGAUGAACUCGUUCAACACGGAUGAGGACACCUCGAACAUACUGCGCAAGUACAUUGCAGACAACGUCGACAUCCAUUCCUUCAACCAAAGCAAGUUUCCCAGAAUCAACCAGGAAACGUUGAUACCAUUUGCAGAAUCAGUCGACUCAAAGGUGGAGAAGGAGGGUUGGUAUCCGCCCGGCCACGGAGAUCUCUACCAGUCGUUCUACAACUCGGAGCUGAUCGAUCGACUCAUAGAAGAGGGCAAGGAGUACGUGUUUGUAUCCAAUGUGGACAACUUGGGCGCGACCGUGGAUGUGUCCAUUCUGUACCAACUCAUGAAAGAGGGCAUUGACUUCGCCAUGGAACUCACCGACAAGACCCCGAGUGACGUGAAGGGAGGGACACUCAUCAGAUACAGGAAUGAGAUCAGGCUGCUGGAGAUUGCUCAAGUGCCUCCUGAGCAUAUCGACGACUUCAAGUCAGUGAAGAAGUUCAAGCAAUUCAACACGAAUAAUCUGUGGAUGAAGUUGUCCUCGAUGAAGAAGGUGGUAGAGAGCGAGAAAGUAGAUCUGGACAUCAUUCUCAACCAGAAGACACUGGCGGAUGGGCGAAAAAUUAUCCAGCUGGAGACUGCAGUUGGAAGUGGCGUGAAGUGCUUCGAGAAAUCAGUCGGACUGCAUGUAAACCGAGACCGAUUCUUGCCAGUGAAAACGACCUCUGACCUGCUCCUCGUGAUGUCCAACAUCUACGCGGUCAAGAGUGGAAACCUUCUCAUGUCUGAGAAGAGAAUCUUUGGAACGACACCUCUUGUCAAACUAGGCCACGAAUUCGCUAAGAUGGCCAAGUUUAAUAAGCGAAUCAUGGACAUCCCAAACCUGAUCGACCUGGAUCACCUGACGGUAUCUGGAGACGUGACCUUUGGGAGGAAUGUUGUCCUGAAGGGAACUGUCAUUAUCAUCGCCAACCACGGAGAGCGAAUCGAUAUCCCUACAGGCGCAGAGCUGGAAAACAAAAUUGUAUCUGGUAACUUGAGGAUCCUGGACCACUAGCGUGUAACUAAGGCAGCUAAAAAAUAUUUGAAUUAGCAAAGGCUUUGAACACAUUUUUUGAAUUGUAAACAGGCGUGCACUCUGCCAGUGCUGACAAUGAAAUGCAUCGGAGUGAUGUUAAUUCUUAGCAAUACUAUUUGGAUUAUUGAGUUGGUUUAAACCCGAGUUGACAUUGACUGACUACGCUAAUGAACUGUACUGGUAUUAUGCUCAUCGUGGUGCUCUUCAAUAGUUUGUAAAGUGUGUAUUGUUUUGGAGCCCGCUUUUUCCAAGUAGGGAUGCAAUUUGUAUCAUAAGGAGCUGGCAUAGUAUAUUUGAACAACUAUCCUUUUGUAAAGGAGAUUUAUUUGCACUUUCACUACUUGAUAAAUUAAGCUUAUAAUUGGAUGAAUUGUUCUAUGAACUAAAGUCGAUUUACAAAAUACUCUUUACCAAGUUCAAUUUAAUUAAAUUAAUAAUGUUUGAUUGUCUCGUUA